GACAGAUGGCAUGAAAAUAAAUAAACGUGAAAAGCGAACAUCUAUUUAUACUAUUCAUUUACAUUUUAAUUGCUUGUUUGUUGUGCUUUCGUAAUUACUUCCUAAAAUAAUUAUUUUCCUGGUUGAUUGUCAAUAUAGUAUAAACUAACGUAAGAUGGGUGAACGUAAAGGUCAGAACCUGUACUACCCCCCGGACUACGACCCUAAGGUUGGGGGGUUGAACAAAUUCAUGGGUACGCAUGCUCUUCGGGAAAGAGCUAGGAAACUCCACAUGGGAAUCCUAAUUAUAAGAUUUGAGAUGCCCUACAACAUCUGGUGUGAUGGCUGCAACAAUCACAUUGGAAUGGGUGUGCGUUACAAUGCAGAGAAGACCAAGAUUGGCAUGUAUUACAGCACUCCAGUUUAUCAGUUUAGGAUGAAGUGUCACUUGUGUGAUAAUCAUUUUGAAAUAAAGACUGAUCCAGGUAAUUUAGACUAUGUGAUAGUAUCUGGGGCAAGACGGCAGGAGAACAGAUGGGACCCCACCGAGAAUGGACAGAUUGUGCCUGAGACUAAGGAAAUGCAGAAGAAAUUGUUUGAUGAUGCAAUGUUUAGAUUGGAACACAAGACAGGCGAUGUAGAGUUAAGCAAACUGGAUAAGCCAAGGCUCGGCAGACUAGUUGGGCGAAAUGAGAGUGUGUGGAAAGAUGACUAUGAAGCUAAUUGUGCCUUAAGAAGGAACUUCAGAAAACGGAGAAAAGAACUAGAAGAAUCUGCUGUGAAUGACGGCCUGCUGCUCGCUAGAUCUUCUCUAGAUAUUAAUCUUCUUCCAGAAAACGAAGACGACAGAAAUAUGGCCGCUCUACUUUCGCUUAGACCUUCUAGAAGUAUAGAAGAGAAACAGAGUGUGACGAGACAUAAAAUCUUAAACGCGCCAGCCCUACCGAGUUCUAGUGGACUUCUUACAAGCUUUGGAGGGUUAAAGAAGGAAGAAUCAUUGAGCAAACAGACAGUUUUGACAAGAAAUGCACUAGGGGUGGUAGUUAAGAGGAAUAAAUCAGAUGCUAAAGAUUUAAAAGAAGAGACAAGUAAUGUUUUAGAUUGCAAUGACAAAAAUGAUAAUAAUAUUUCAGAAGUUAAAGAUGAUGUUAAUAUUGAUUGUAAAGAAGGUGUAGAAAGUACUAAGAAAUUGUCUUUGGUCGGUGAUUACAGUUCUAGUGGAGAAAAUUCUGAUUAAAUGUUUUGAAAAAUUUGAAGUAUAAGUUGAUAUAUUAUUUGCAUAGGCUAUAGAGAUUGGUUCAUCCUAUUUCAACAACAACCAAUUAGAAUGCCACACAUAUACAAGACAUAAUUCUAUCCAUGACCCAUGUAUAUAUUUUCAGUCAUGCAAGAUACAUCUUAACUAUUUAUCUCAUAAAUUGUUAAUUUCAUUAUAUUCUUAAUUAAGUGUAAACUUAAUAAAAGUUUAAAAUAAAAAGCAUAUUCCAA